CUUAUAGCGGUUCAUAGAAUUAGUAUGAGGAGGAUUUGGAAGGGUUUACACAAGACGAGCUGAAAAAAAAAAAAGGAUAUGGAAGCUAUUUCUCCAUAACUAAAAAGCUAAGGAAAACAACAAGAAGAAAGAAGAAACUUGAGAUCAUUCACUUCAAAUUAACAAUGGUUUCCUUUUCCACCUGGUGCCGCUACUUGGUUCACAAGCUUGACUACUCCGUUGCAGUUAGCUGGAAGCAUUAUGAAGGGGGUCGGAUAACUGUAAAAGAAGUGGGAGACACUGUGUGGAAAAACUUUCUUCAAUGCAAGUUGACCUUUCUACAUUGGAAUAAAGGAGAAGAGAUGGCACCUACAAUAGGUCCCCAAGGUGGAACUCUCUUAGUUAGAAAAAUACCAAUUCCAGGUCCAAGUCGUGUUUUCAUCGGAGAUGUAGUGGUUUUGAAAGACCCCAAAAGCCCAGAUAACUAUCUAGUCAGAAGGCUUGCUGCCGUUGAAGGAUACGAAAUGGUCUCAAAGGAUGAAAAAGAGGAGCCUUUUAUUCUAGACAAGGAUGAAUGCUGGGUUCUUGCUGAUAAUGAUGUGUUGAAGCCAAAGGAAGCCAAGGAUAGUCGAACCUUUGGUCCCGUAAAUAUGUCAGAUAUCAUUGGCAGAGUUAUAUAUUGUUUGCGCAAUGCUGUUGAUCAUGGUCCUGUGCCGAACAGUCAGUUCAGUGUCAAGAAGGAUCUACCAGUGUUAGAAGUUGAGCUUGAUGUUGAUGAGAUGGCUAAGAAUCACAAAACUUGACUUGAAUUAGCCAAUGUGUUAAAGCUUGUAGUUUGUCGGGGUUAUGCCUUUUGUCAUUGGGCUGCCUUAGCUAUCCAGCCCACCUCGACUGCUCGUGUUUUGCGACAAUUACAACCGCACUAAAUUGAUUUGUAAGUACAUUUUGCUAGGAUUUCGUUGUGGCGGAAAAUAUUCAUUUAGAGAAGAAAUUGCAAUAAUGAAGAGAUGAUUCUCUGAAUAAUUACAUUUAUAUACUUCUUGGUUGUAACUUUUAGUGUUUUCUUCUUGAAAAUGUGCUAAUUUUGGAUUUAAGUUGUAAUGUUGGAUUCAAGCCAGGUUGAGGUGUUUUUGGUUGAAUUAAUUGCCGCAGAAGUGAUCAAGAUCUUUUUGUAGGCGAUGAUAAUUGAAUUCCUAUGUAUAAAAGAAAAAGUUUUUUAGCCA